GACAUCCAACAGCCCAUGUUCAAAAGCAACUGUUGCCUUUCCAAUAAUUUCCCACAGUAAUCCAAAUAUAUGAUAUACCAUGACAUACUUUCCAUUUAACGUUGAAAUAGUCAUGCAAUAAGCUUAACUCCUAACUAAUAUUACACAACUCAAUAUGCAACAGAUGUAAGUAUGAACAAUUAUAUUAAGAAAUUGCAUAAAUUCGUCAUUAAAAUAACACACAGUGUGUACAUUAACUAAGGUUUCAGCUGUUUUUUUGUUCAGAAGUGAACCAGGUCGGGUGACUUGUCUUAUCUUAACCACCAAGUGUCGCUGUUGCACCUUGUUAAGAGAUCAGUUUCUAUUGGCUAUUGGCGUGUCACCUGAUUAAAACGUUGCCUCAAAGAAGGAAGUGCUGCUAGAGGCUAACAUUAGCUUAAAGAGUGUUCACCCCUAACUAAUUAAAACUAAAUUCCUUGAGCCGACAGAGGUGAGGGUGAGUCUUUACCCUGAUAUGUGUUUGUUUACAACACUUUUGUAAAUUGUCAUCGUCUGUUUCUUCUCCAGUCAUGCCGCUGAAAGAUCCGUGUCAAAAACAAGCGUGUGCGAUUCAAACGUGUUUACAAGCUAACAAAUAUGUGGAGAGCAUGUGUGAGGCUGUGAUCAGGGAGAUGCUCCGCUGCUGCGAGACGCAGGCUGCUGGAAACUCCAUCUGCUGCUCCGGGUUCAAGGACUCCAAACCUACGGAUGACAAGAGAGGUCAAACAUAGGCAGCCUCGACGAUAUGUAUACUAAAAAUAUAAAAAUGUAAUAUCACUGUAUCAGUGUUGUACCGACUGAGUAACUUCCGUCUACACUGCAACUGUGGCAACAAAGUUGUUUGUUGCAUAAUGUGGAAGAACAUGAGGGGGGGGGGGGGGGG